GCAGGAUUAAAACUGCCACGCAUAGUUUCUGCUAUCAACAUAUAAAUGGAAAACCCAGCGGCCCUCAAGUGUUUUUCUCCAGCAAACUUCAAGAUGCAUUCCUCCAUAGGAGUUAUUUUUCUUCUCCUUCGCUGCUUUGAUGGUCUGGUCCUCGGAGAGCUGCACCAGGACUUUUCCCAGUGCCUCGAUUUCUUCUAUAAAGGAACACCGCCGCAGGGUAUCAACUCAGUGGGAUACCAACCGAUAUGUCAGCGCUUUAACAACCAGUACCGCUUUGCCAGCAUGUACCACCGUCAGAGUCGUGCACCUUUGUAUUCUGCGUACGUUAUCAGCUCGGCAAAUGGGAAACGGCCAAAAUCCACAUGGAAGUACGAACCGCAGUUGGCAUUCUCCCAGGCAAGCCCUGAAAUGAAAGCAUUCAAUGCCACAGUGGAUCAGAAUGUGAUAGAGAGUCAAGCAGUGCCUCAGGAUUACAGUCAUUCCAACUACACCAAAGGCCAUCUGACUCCCAGCAUGCACCACAACACCCAAGACGACCGUGCGGCCACAUUCACCCUGACCAACGUUGUUCCUCAGCGGGCGGGUUCCAACUCUGGUCCCUGGAGUUCCCUGGAGAAGGAAGUGAUGAGAAAGUUCAAGACGUUCUGCGAGGGUCCGAUGUACGUGAUCACAGGGGCCAUGCCUUAUGCAGACGGGGCCCGCUGGAUCAAUAACAGGGUGUCGGUUCCCGAGUACAUGUGGUCCGCCUACUGCUGCCCCUCCUAUGCGGCCGAGCUUCCCCGGGAUGUGAGGCCGACCUUCCCCGCGUACGCAGCUGUGGGCAGGAAUGAUCGUGACAGCGGAGAGGAGUUUGUGGCAGUUAACCCCAAAGCCAGGGCCUCAGUGCGGCGAUACGACGUGAGGAAGAUGCCUCUGGAAACCCUGGAGGGGAUUCUGGCACAAAGGCUGGCCAUGCCCAUUAGCUUGUUUGAUGGCCAGUGUCAGUCACUGCCACAACUCUAAUCAAGUCUGUUAUCUUUAAUCACUUCAUUUCAUCAAGUCAUUUGAUUAAAUAAAGUCAUUUUGUCUGUA